UAUAUUGUUUGAAGGAUGUAAUUAAUUAUUUACAAAUCUAAUAUAGGGGCAUUAGAAGAUUGUUUAUUUCCAUUUAGAAUUACAACUCUAACUGGUAGAAUUAAUUGUUUCUAAGUUGGAUUAUACUUAAUUAUUAUAUACUAUGCCACCAAAAUAAAAAGUAUAUGUCCCUUAUCCAACAUAUUAAUCAUAAUAAGAUUACUUUACCUUAUGUGCCUUAAGAUUUCAAAAAUGGUUUGAUUGUGAUUGAGCUGAACAUUUCAAAAUGGAUAAAACUGAAGAUGAUUAUUUAAAAAGAGCUAAAGUUUAUCCAUGUUAUGCAAUUUUUUAUGAAGCUGCCUAUGCAUGCACUGUUUUUAUUUAUUUUAUAUUCUAGGAUGAUAUGUUUGAUUUCCUUAUGGAAUUAGCAUAUACUAGAAGAUCGAAUAGAACAUUUGAAUAUAAUCAUUUCCAACAUAAAAUGCGUAGACUUCCAACUGUGUUUAUGAUUCACCUAAAAAUGCAGAAAGAAUUAAAAAGACAUAUUGAAAUACAUCUAUCC